AUGGGAGAGGGAGUGUGAAGCCAUUCUUCCAGCACCCGCAAUCAUGGAGGAAUAUCCUCCCCUGGCGUCGCUCUCUCUAACACACGUCCACUACAACCCCGCAGACCGCAUAUCCUACAUCUGCGCCUGGCUCGCGCUCGUCCCGCAAGGCCUUUGCAUUGUCUACGCUACGCUAAUAUGGUCGAACCGUGAAAUCGAAAUUUGCCUCAUGUUUGCCGGACAGCUGGGUUGUGAGGCGGUGAAUUGGAUUUUGAAGCGGUAUAUCAAGGAGGAGCGCCCACGAGAAAUGCAUGGCAAAGGCUACGGCAUGCCCUCCUCCCACGCCCAAUUCGUAGCCUUCUUCUCCCUAACCCUGACCUUCUUCCUACUCUUCCGGCACGUCCCGCACCCCACCGAAACCCACACCCCCUUUACAUUCUUCCAACGGCUGCUCCUGUCCCUCGUCACGCUCGCGUUCGCAGCCGCGGUCGCGAGCUCCCGCAUCUACCUCAACUACCACACUCCCAAACAGGUUCUUGUGGGGUGUGCGGCUGGCGCGGUGUUCGCUGUCGUGUGGUUCGGGUUUACGACGGUUUUGAGGAGAGCUGGCUGGGUGGAUUGGAUGCUGGAUACGAGGUUGGCGAGGACGGGGAGGGUGAGGGAUUUGGUCGUGCAAGAAGAUUUGGUGGAUUCGGGGUGGGCGAGGUGGGAGGAGAGGAGGGUAAGGAGGAGGCUUGAGGAGAAGAAGAGAAGGUGAGGUUUAAGAGGUAUGGCUGGUAUGAGACUUUAUACUGGUGGUGCGGAGUGGAUAGACUUAGACAAUGCGAUACCACCGUUCACCUUUGGGAGCUGGUUAGGGUUGGCCUUCUUGUGGGUGCACCUUGGUAGGUGCCUCGGCUGAAUUUUAGUCACAACAGCAAAAGUAAGAGCAGCAGGAGCGGAACUAUCUCGUCUUUAUUU